AUGGAUGAAGAGGAGGACGACAGCCACCGCAAAAGUGGGAAAAAAAAUUCUGCAUCUAAUGAACUCGAUUUCAAUGUGGAGGCAUUGGAAGAUAAAAUGAAAGAUAUCGUUGAGAGACUAAAGAAGACCUACAGUACCAUGAGAGCUGGAAGAGCGAGUCCUGCUCUACUAGAUUCGAUCGUUGUGCCUCAUUCGACUGGCAACACACCGCUCAAAGACCUUGCUCAGGUCAUAGUCAAAGAUCCACAAAAUCUCAUCGUAACCGUUCAAGACAACUCGCUGCUUAAAGCAAUUGACAAAGCCAUAAGAACGUCAGAGCUUAAUCUAAAUCCUCUUGAAGACACGAAAGGCCUACGGAUACCAAUACCAAAGCACGUAACCCCUCUUUUCCUUACUUUCUCCCCCACCACCAAUAAAUCUCGUGAGAAAUUAGUCACUAUCGCAAAGAAAAAUGCAGAGAAUGCACGACAGAAGAUACGUCAUGUUCGACAGGAAGGUCUCAAAGAUUUAAAGAAAGACGUUCGCGAUGGAUUUCCCGUUGAUGAUGGGAACAAGCUCGCCAAGAAGUUUCAAGUAAUAGUCGAUAAAUAUACGAAAGAUAUCGAUGAUGUCUUGAAAGCAAAGACGAAAGAAAUACAAAAUAGUUGA